GUUCUGUGCGCCUGCGCAGUGCGGGCGCCGGGAGGGCCGCCGGGGCGGCGGUGCAGGCUGCGGGAAGCGGGAGGUGCGGGUGCUGUUGCUCUUCUCUUAGCAGCCGCCGGGGCGCGGAAGCUUGCGCGCUUCCCUCCAAGGCACGUCCCUCUUCUUUUCCGGCGGAGAGCUUGGGAUGUGGUAAUGUCAUCCAGACUUUUCAGAGCCCUGGCCGGAUCUCACUGUAUUUUAUCAAAAGUGUGUCAGUGCCAAAGACUUGUCCAGCAAACGUUAAAACCACUUAAGGAAUUUAAGACUACGACAUGCAACACCACAACGAGAGGUCAAAACUUGGAUUUGUUCUUUCCUGAUACAGCAGCUGGUGGUUUGAAUAAGUCCCAGGUCCUGGAAAGGAAUCAGAAAAUCUCAAAUACAAGCAUACCCUCUCCAUUAAAUGCUGUGCAUUGCCAAGAAGAAAAAGUGCACCUUCCAACCAGGAAAUCUUUUGGUACUCACAGGAAAGUGACUCACAGACCAAAUCUAUUAGGUUCUAAGUGGUUUAUAAAAAUAUUAGAGCGGCAUUACUCAUCUAUAUCAACAGAAACACUUGUUCCUAAGCAAGACUUUCCGCAAAUCAAGAGACCACUAAAGGCAUCGAGGACCAGGCAGCCAUCCAGGACCAACCUUCCAGUUCUGUCUGUCAAUGAGGACCUGAUGCACUGCACAGCAUUUGCAACUGCAGAUGAGUAUCAUCUCGGGACUCUCUCUCAAGAUCUGACCUCCCGUGGAUAUGUUGAAGUAACAAGCUUGCCUAGAGAUGCAGCAAAUAUUUUGGUGAUGGGUGUGGAGCAUUCGGCAAAAGAAGGCGAUCCUGGAACAAUAUUCUUCUUCAGAGAAGGAGCUGCUGUGUUCUGGAAUGUGAAAGACAAGACUAUGAAGCAUGUGAUGCAGGUCUUAGAAAAGCAUGAAAUCCAGCCCUAUGAAAUCGCGCUGGUGCACUGGGAAAAUGAAGAGCUUACCUACAUAAAGACAGAGGGACAGUCGAGACUUCACAGAGGGGAAAUCAGAUUAAAUUCAGAGCUAGAUUUAGAUGACGCCAUUCUAGAGAAAUUUGCUUUCUCUAAUGCUCUUUGUCUUUCAGUGAAACUGGCUAUUUGGGAGGCAUCACUGGAUAAAUUUGUUGAGUCUAUUCAGUCAAUUCCAGAGGCUUUAAAAGCUGGGAAGAAAGUGAAACUAUCUCAUGAAGAAGUUAUGCAGAAAAUGGGUGAACUCUUUGCCCUGAGACACCGUAUAAACUUGAGUUCAGACUUCUUGAUCACUCCCGAUUUCUACUGGGACAGAGAAAACCUGGAACAGCUUUAUGAUAAAACCUGUCAGUUCCUUAGCAUCACUCGUAGAGUUAAGGUCAUGAAUGAAAAACUUCAGCACUGUAUGGAGCUGACAGAUCUAAUGCGGAAUCACCUGACUGAGAAGAGGGCGCUCCGCCUGGAGUGGAUGAUUGUCAUCCUCAUCACCAUCGAGGUAAUGUUUGAGCUGGGACGUGUAUUUUUCUGAUCAAGUGAUAACCAGAGAAGAGUUAACAGUACAAGAGAUAUUCAAGUUCUACAAUCAAAAAUAAAUGCUCACUGUUGGGGAAAUCUCUUAAUAGGUAUUUAAUUUUUUUAAAUCAAGAAGUUAUGAUGAUCUUUUUCAGCUCCUAAAUGUAUUGCUGCUUGAAUAAAAAUUAUGAAAUAUCUGGUG